CUCCCGCUCCGCCUCAGAGCGGAGGGCGGGGAGACUUUCUUUAGGUUGGGUAUGGGCGAGGCUGCAGCCGGUCUUUGCGGGGAUUUUAGGGCAGUUCGGGUUUAAAUCUCAUCGUAGAAUCUCUUUGAGCUGGGCCGCUCUCAAUCAAGGGACGAGACGGGACUGAUCACCAGCUUGAAAGAGCGGUGAAAGCAUUUCUCUCAUUGGAGAAAGCAGUGAGAAGCAUCUCUUUUAGUUUGGAACAAGAAAUGAAAAUAGAUUGCAUAUUUGAAGGAAGAGGUGGAUUCAGUCCCCUUUAGCUGUGGGGGGAAAAAAAGAUGAGUGCUCUUUCUCGAAAAAGAAUGGAAUGAGUCAGUGUGAGGAGGCAGGUAGCACAUGUUCCUUCGGCUUGGGUGAUGAAUGAAAAGUGGAGACAGCCUUGGGUUUGGGGCGAGAUGAGUCAAAUGCCCCAAGUUGUUCCUAGUUUAAGGGGAAUUCCAUAAGAUCCUCUCAGAUGCAUGGACUAGGCGAAUAGUUCCCUGUAGUUUGAAGGGGAGGGAGGGCGGUGCCUCACCGUUCCGGAGUGGAAGAGCUUUUCUUUUCAACCUGGAAUGAGCUGGGAUCGGUCCCGGCCUUGAGGUUUCUGGAUACGUUGAGGGCAUCGCUGUCCAUCCAUCAAGGCUUUCUGGGAGUGCUCAGUGCGCGUGCGCAGCUCGGGUCUGAGAGUGGGCCGGUAGGGGGUCCCGGGUUUGGGAGACAGUGUUGGCAGCUAAAGGCAGCAGCGCGCCGCCCCCUGCGCUUUUCACAGCGUGGCUCCGGGACCCGCGGCCUGGGCACCGGGGGCCGGUGUCCCGCGGCUGGGCUGCGUUCUGCGGAGUAGCCGCGCUUGUCUCUGCUCCCCGAGACCCUUGUCCUUUCCGCUGCCCCCGGGACGCGGUGGCUGGUCACCUCUCUGAAUCCGGGUGAGAGGCGGUGUAGGGGAGCACAUUCGAAGGAGUGGGUUUCGAGACUGGGGAAAGGAGGGCCACGCUGGGGAAUUUCCGGAGAUUUGAGACUAACCUAGAAGAGAUGGAGGAGGGGAUCCCAACAAGAGUCCUGGGCAGGGUCUCGGGGUCCGAACCUGGCCUGGGGGCAUGGGAGCCGGGAUUGGGGGGAGUGAGCCCCACGUGCCUGUGACGCGGGGGCGCCGGGUAGGCGGCGGCGGCGGCGGCGGCAGCGACGCGGGGCCGGCGGCCGUGCAGUGCCGGGAGGGUGGCGAAGCAGGCUGCAGGAUGCUGCGCGCCGCACUGCUUCUGCUGCUCCCGGCGGGGGCGGGGGCCACAGACGAACCCACCCAGGAGUCGGUGCCGUUGGGUGAGCCUCCUCCAGGCUUGGCCCUCUUCCGCUGGCAGUGGCACGAGGUGGAGGCGCCCUACCUGGUGGCCCUGUGGAUCCUGGUGGCCAGCCUGGCCAAAAUAGUUUUUCACCUGUCUCGGAAGGUAACAUCUCUGGUCCCUGAGAGCUGCCUGCUGAUUUUACUGGGCCUGGUGCUGGGAGGCAUUGUCUUAGCUGUGGCCAAGAAGGCUGAGUACCAGCUGGAGCCAGGGACCUUCUUCCUUUUCCUGCUCCCUCCUAUUGUGCUGGACUCAGGCUAUUUCAUGCCGAGCCGUCUGUUUUUUGACAACUUGGGUGCCAUCCUCACCUAUGCUGUGGUGGGCACACUCUGGAAUGCCUUCACAACAGGUGUUGCCCUUUGGGGCCUGCAGCAGGCUGGACUUGUAGCCCCCCGGGUCCAGGCUGGCCUGCUGGACUUCUUGCUGUUCGGAAGCCUCAUCUCAGCGGUGGAUCCUGUGGCUGUGCUGGCUGUCUUUGAGGAGGUGCACGUCAACGAGACUCUCUUUAUCAUCGUCUUUGGAGAGUCCCUGCUCAAUGAUGCAGUCACUGUGGUGCUCUACAAGGUCUGCAACUCCUUUGUGGAGAUGGGCCCUGCCAAUGUGCAGGCCACUGACUACCUAAAGGGAGUCGCCUCCCUGUUUGUGGUCAGUCUGGGCGGGGCAGCCGUGGGCUUAGUCUUUGCCUUCCUCCUGGCCCUGACCACACGCUUCACCAAGCGGGUCCGCAUCAUCGAGCCGUUGCUGGUCUUCCUCCUCGCCUACGCAGCCUACCUCACUGCUGAAAUGGCCUCGUUGUCUGCCAUUCUUGCGGUGACCAUGUGUGGCCUGGGAUGUAAGAAAUACGUGGAAGCCAACAUCUCCCAUAAGUCGCGCACAGCUGUCAAAUAUACCAUGAAAACCCUUGCUAGCUGUGCCGAGACAGUCAUCUUCAUGCUGCUUGGCAUCUCAGCCGUGGACUCUUCCAAAUGGGCCUGGGACUCUGGGCUGGUGCUGGGCACCCUCUUCUUCAUCCUGGUCUUCCGAGCCCUCGGGGUAGUCCUGCAGACGUGGGUGCUGAAUCAGUUCCGGCUGGUUCCUCUGGACAAGAUUGACCAGGUGGUGAUGUCCUAUGGGGGCCUUCGGGGGGCUGUGGCCUUUGCUCUCGUCAUCCUACUGGACAGGACCAAAGUCCCUGCCAAGGACUACUUUGUGGCUACCACUAUUGUGGUGGUUUUCUUCACAGUCAUCGUGCAGGGUUUGACCAUCAAGCCGCUGGUCAAGUGGCUGAGGGUGAAGCGGAGUGAUCAUCACAAACCUACCUUGAACCAGGAGCUGCAUGAGCACACUUUUGACCACAUUCUGGCUGCAGUGGAGGACGUUGUGGGGCACCAUGGUUACCACUACUGGAGGGACAGGUGGGAACAAUUCGACAAGAAGUACCUGAGUCAGCUGUUGAUGCGGCGGUCAGCCUAUCGAAUCAGAGACCAGAUCUGGGAUGUGUACUACAGACUCAACAUCCGAGAUGCCAUCAGUUUUGUGGACCAGGGAGGCCACGUCUUGUCCUCGGCAGGACUCACUCUGCCCUCUAUGCCUAGCAGAAAUUCUGUGGCAGAGACCUCUGUCACCAACCUGUUGAGGGAGAGUGGUAGUGGAGCGUGUCUGGAUCUGCAAGUGAUCGACACAGUACGCAGUGGCCGGGACCGGGAGGAUGCUGUGAUGCAUCACCUGCUCUGUGGAGGCCUCUACAAGCCACGGCGCAGGUACAAAGCCAGCUGCGGCCGCCACUUCAUCUCCGAGGAUGCCCAGGAACGACAAGACAAGGAAGUCUUCCAGCAGAACAUGAAGCGACGGCUGGAGUCCUUUAAGUCCACCAAGCAUAACAUCUGCUUCACCAAGAAUAAACUUCGACCCCGCAAGGCCGGCCACAAGAAGAAGGAUGGUGUGGCUAACCCUGAAGCUACAAAUGGGAAACCUCCUCGAGACCUGGGCUUUCCGGACACAGCUGCUGUGAUAUUAACCGUGGAGUCUGAGGAGGAGGAGGAAAGCGACAGUUCAGAGACAGAGAAGGAAGACGAUGAAGGGAUCAUCUUCGUGGCGCGAGCCACCAGCGAGGUCCUCCAAGAAGGCAAGGUCGCAGGAAGCCUGGAGGUGUGCCCGAGCCCACGCAUCAUCCCCCCCUCCCCAACCUGUGCAGAGAAGGAGUUACCCUGGAAGAGUGGGCAGGGGGACCUGGCUGUGUAUGUGUCUUCAGAAACCACCAAGAUUGUGCCCGUGGACAUGCAGACAGGCUGGAACCAGAGCAUCUCAUCCCUGGAGAGCCUGGCAUCCCCGCCCUGUACCCAGCCUCCCACUUUAACCCGCUUGCCUCCCCACCCACUGGGUAUGGAAGAGACCCCGGUUCCUCUUGACCUGUCUUCUGACCCUCGCUCUAGCUUUGCCUUUCCCCCGAGCCUGGCCAAAGCUGGCCGUUCUCGCAGUGAGAGCAGUGCUGACAUCGCCCAGCAGCAGGAGCUGCAGCCCCUCAUGGGCCCCAAGGACCACACCCACCUUAGUCCAGGCACUGCCAACUCCCACUGGGGCAUCCAGUUCAACAGAGGAGGCCGGCUGUAGCCCAGGGCCUCAGGGAGGAGCAGGAUGUGGCACCCCUGUGGGAAGUGUUCCUCAAGCAAAGGGGAGAGGAGCCUCCUCGGCCUCGUGUGGGGCCAGAGGGGCCUGGACUGAAGGGUCUCCUGGGCUGGUCCUCACAGGGACCCUUCUCACCACUCUCCCUGCUCUCAACCCUCCACUCUUCCUUUCAAAAACGGCUCAGGAUCCAGUCCAGAGUUCUAGGGGAUAGACCCACAAGCUGAUGUCCCUUCCCUAGGGCGUCUCCCUGGACAUACCGUUGGCAGCUGUUCCUGCCCCCAAAGCAAGGGCAUCGUUCUUCUGUGGACACUGGUCUUCCCUGUCCUCCACUUCCUCUCCAGUACCAGGUCAGCAUCAGUGCUGCGGCAGUGAGGCUUUCUGAGGGGCUGGUCCUCAGUGGCUGGGGUAGGAUGUGGUGCAGGCCUCAGCCUUCGGCUCCGCUGACUUGUUGGGUCAGCUGCAGGAGUAGCGGGCAUCUGCCUCCCUAGCUUCAGCCCUUUCCUCUGCUGCCAGAUGUUGAGGUAAUGGUGCCUCUUUUUCUAGGACUAGGCCCCGGGCCAGGCUUUAGGUCAGAGCUGCUUCUUAGCCAGUCAGCUGCUCUAGGCCUGAGUCUGGAACUUUCUGAGACACGGAGCUGAGAUUUCUGAGUAGGAGACAAAGAGGCCUCUGGGCUCCUAGGUCGCCACCUCAAAAUUUUCCCAAAGGAAGAAGGAAGCAGGUACCCCAGGGCCACUGCACUGUCACCGUAGGGCUAGGGUUCCUGGCUACAGUGUUUGGGGACAGCUAACUGAGUGCCAAGUGGCUUUCCUGGGGUUCGCCCCUGCCUUGUGUUUUGUACCUUAAACCCAAGACACAUUAAACAUCUCUUAGAUGGAUGAAUGUCCCCUGUCCAUUUGUCUCAGGCUUUCAGGGUUGGGGACAAGAAGAAUCUGCCUGUUGCAAGAUUUUCAGGAGUAGAGAAUAGUAAGGGAGAUCUUAUAACUCUUAGUCCCUCGGGUCCUCAUAAGUACUUUUCCAACAUUAUCCACCCUGCUAGCAGGAGGCAUGGAGUGCUAGUCUGGGGGACCACUGUAUGGGAAGGUGUCUCAGAAGUGGGAAUGCACAAAAUGGGAAAGGCCAACAGGGUGAACCCCCUGGGUCAGGGUCUAAGCUCUCCACUCUAUGUAGUGCCACAGAGAUAUUUCUAGGAAAAUGUAAGGACAGGUGUGAGCCAAAUGAACAAGUGUCUCUCCGCAUAUGACAGUAGGAAGUCAAGCUCCAGGGAGUUGGAUACCCUGAGAAUUUAUGAGACAAAUCAAAGCACUAUGGGUCCUGAAAUCCUUAGAUAACAGUCUUCCCCGAGUAGAAUUCCUACUGUGUCUGCAGAAUUUUUUAAAAGCAUCUUUGAGAAUAAACACCAUAAAAAUCCAAUGUUUAAAAUGUA